AUGGCCACCGAGUAUUACCAUGAAGACAUGGCAUCGCCAAUGUCCCGUCAAUACUCGAUCUUCUCGAAGUUGAACAACAACGAUAGUUUGGAUGAUCUAGAAUCAACGUUCACCAUGGAUAAUUAUAAGCCCCAUGGCAGCACUAACUCUACCAAACCUUUGGCUCAAGAUAAUAUUCGGGGUUUUGCCAGUCGGUCCAAACUCAUCAAGAUCAGCACCGGCGAUAAUGAUUUCAAUGAUUUGGACAGUUCCGAUGAUGAACUAGACGCUGUUCUUCCCAGAAGAACUAGAAGAAACUUGUUCGAUGAUGAUGAUGAUGAUGAUAAAAAUAUUAAUAAUAAUGAUAAUAAUAAUAAUAAUAAUGAGAAUGAAGAAAAACUCGAGAAAAUCACCGAAUCAUCAUCGACCGUACACAAAUCUCAUGCUGAUUACCGACCACCAAUCCCCGAGAAAGAUACCCCGAAUAAUAUUAACUCACAAAAAUUAAAGAGCACCCCUCGGAAACUCCCUCCAAAUUAUCCUCCAGCUUAUACAACCAAGGGGAGAUCACCAUUAUCCCACCAAGCGUAUCACAAUAAAGCAACCGAGGAUGGUGUGGGUGUUGCUGGAAUCGACUCGACCGAGCUCAUUAAUUUCAAACCAUCACAAAUUGGGAACGUUGAAAAACCAUUAUCAUCGUCGCCUUUCACUCAUGGAAGAUCGUCGAGUAAAACCAGUGACUUACUCAUCACCCCUUGUGCUUCUACUACUACUACUACUACCACCACCCAAGAUGUCUUGAACCCGUCCCUUAAAGUCAUCACUCCCUCCACUACAUCCAAUUUAUUUGAUGGUAACCAUAAUAUUUCGCGGUCGAUCUACCGUACCCUUUCCGUUGCUUCGUCGUUGACCGAUCAGCAAUCUCGUGGGUCCAUUGGUCCAAUUACCACUACCAUCAUCCCACCACCUUCCCUUGUCUCGUCUUUGAAAGGAUCGUCUUCUUCUUCUCCUUCUUCUUCUUCUUCUUCUUCACAAUCAUCUCCGCAAAAAAAUAAGAAAUAUAAUAAGACGCGGCUAGGAAGCUUGUUUGUCUCAAGUAAAGAACUUCAACGUCAAAAGCAAAUGCUGAAGUAUUUGGAAAGUCAACCGGGUACCUUGGUCGAUAUGGAUAUUUCAUCUUAUAAUGAUUCACAAACCAGGAAUUCUGGUACCUCAUUCAACGAUACCGACAGUGUUUAUAGUAGGAGAUCUACCAACAGUGCUGCUAUCCCCUUCAAUGACACCACUAGUGUGUAUAGUAAGAGAUCUACCAAGUUGUUCCAUAAUCCUGGUAGUCAUUUUGAGAAUUAUGAGAAAUACGGGAGGAAAAACCCGUCGAAGAAGUUAUUUGGCAGACUAUUUGGAUGA